AUGAAGUCUUUCGCUUUACUGUCCCUCGGGCUCUUGGCGAGCGUCCAAGCCAACCCCACCCGCACGGUCCAGGAGCCACCCAGCAAGCGCGCCUCUUCUCUCCCCGCUAUCUCUGCCUCUGGCCGAGCUUUCUGGGCGGAUGGCAAGCGCUGGUACAUGCGUGGUAUUGACUACCAGCCCGGUGGUGAUGCUGCCAACACGGAUCCCCUCGCCGAUGCGACUGUCUGCAAGCGAGACAUCACCGAGUUCAAGGACCUGGGCAUCAAUGCUAUCCGUGUUUAUGCUGUCGACAACAGCAUGGACCACGAUGAGUGCAUGAAUGCUCUGGCUGAUGCCGGCAUCUACGUUGUUCUCGAUGUCAACAACCAGAAGUACUCCAUCAACCGUGCCGACCCUCACCUGUCUUACAACGCUGCCUACCUCCAGAGCGUUUUCGCCACCGUUGAGAUGUUCGCCAAGUACGACAAUACCGCUGCUUUCUUCUCCGGAAACGAGGUCAUCAACGACGAGAACGGCACUGACCAGUCCGCUCCCUAUGUCAAGGCCGUCACCCGUGAUAUCCGCAACUUCCUCAGCACUCGUGGUCUCCGCAAGAUCCCCGUUGGUUACUCCGCUGCUGAUGUCGCCAAGAACCGUAUGCAGACCGCCCACUACUUCAACUGUGGUUCUGAUGAUAUGCGAUCCGACUUCUUCGCCUUCAACGACUACUCUUGGUGCAACAGUGACUUCAAGACCUCCGGCUGGGACAUCAAGGUCAAGAACUUUACUGACUAUGGUCUCCCUAUCUUCCUGUCUGAGUGGGGUUGCAUUGAGAACACUCCCCGUCAAUUCGAAGAACUCGGUGCUCUCAUGAGCGAUAAGAUGACUGCUGUCUACUCUGGUGGUCUCAUGUAUGAGUACACCUACGAGACCAAUAAGUACGGUAUCGUCGACAUCAAGGAUAAUAAGGUCGUCCACCGUGAUGAGUUCGAUAUCUUCAAGAAGAAGCUCGCCAAGUACCCCAUGCCCACCACCGACGGCGGUGCCGCCAAGGAGACCUCGUCCUCUGAGUGCCCUUCCAAGGACGCCGACUGGGACGUUGACUCCACCUUCAUUCCAGACAUGCCCAGCCAGGCCGAAAAAUACAUGAAGAACGGUGCCGGUGACGGUCCUGGCCUGAAGGGCAAGGGCUCACAGACCGAUGGUGACUCUGGCACUGCCACCGCCAGCGCCACAUCUGGCCAGGCCUCUCCUACAUCUUCUGGAAGCAGCAGCGGAUCAGACGAUAGUGCUGCCCCCUCUACUCGCGUUCCUUUUGCCGUCAGCGCUGCCACCCUUUUUGGCUCCAUGGUUGGCGUUUUCCUGCUGUAA